AUGGGAGAAAUUGGAGCCAAGCGUUGGAAUUUUGGAGCCAAUGAUGCUGUCGAGAAUCUUGCUCGCGAAAUGUGUGUUAUUUCCUCAACCUCCUCGUUGAUAAUCUCGACCGCAAUGACGGCAAAUCAGUCAUCACUCUCGGACACGGCGACCCCUCGCCCUCCCCUCUUUCCGUACCACGGUUGA